AUGGAUUCUUCAGAGUCUCAUCGCGGGGCAUCGUCGUCACCGCCUUCAGAACCCGAACAGGAUGAGACGGGCGCAGAUCUCUCCGUGACGAAGCCUCGGGCACUGCCGGACGACCUGCCCAAGUCGCUGGACGAUCGGCGUUCGGAGCCGGUAUUUCGACCGGAGACAGAGAUCUACGAUGCAUGGCAAGGCCAGUCGCAGUUUCUCUCGACCCCCCUGGCUGCCAAACCACUCAGUUUCAGCCUCGCCCUCGACGACCAUACGCACGACGACGAACACGAACUUCAGGCCCAUUAUGGUCGGAGGCUGUUUUCGGACGACUCAACGGCAAGAUUGGAGGACAGUGAUUCCCGGCUGAUGGAGAUGUUGGCUGCGCAGGCGGCGCACCGGGAGGUCGAAUCGCUCGGGGCCGACGAGGAGAACGUGGCGACCGACGCGGCUCUGUCGGUCGAGGAGAAGAAACACAUCCUGCAGCGCAGUCUGAAUAUGGCGGCUAGUAAUGGCGACGUGGAGCGGGUGAAUAAACUGGUCGGGGGGGCUGCCAAGGAGUUCGUGGACGUGAACCUGCCGGACGAGGAGGGGACGGUUCCCUUGAUCUACGCCAGUUGCUUUGGACAUCAAGAGGUCGUCUCUGCCCUGCUAGACGCUGGGGCUCACGUCGAUCAACAGGACCGCAAUCAGUGGAGCGCGUUGAUGUGGGCAAUGACCAACCGGCACAAGGCCAUCGCCAAGAUCCUUCUCGAUCACGGUGCCUCGCCGGAUAUCAAGUCCUCGUCCGGUGGGACGGCUUUCGACUUUGCCCAGCCGGGGAGCGAGAUCUCAGAGUAUCUGCACGAGAACGGCUACAGCUUCGGGCCUAGCGGGAUGGAGGAUGACUUUUACGAUGGCGGGUUCGGCCACGGUCGGUUCGAGGAAGAGAUGGCGGAGAACGAGAUGAAGCGCCGCAUGAUGAUGGAGGAGAGCGCGAUUAACCUUGAGGUCGACCUGUCGAGCCUGGGGCUGGAUGAGAAGUUCGACUCAUUUGACGAAGAAGAAUUAGAGGAGGAACAGCAAGAGUUCGUUUGGGACCGGUGCCUCAAUGACCAGAUGUUCGUCUUCCAGGAGCACGAGCUCGACCGCAUCCUGAACAUCAUCAUCACCAACAUGACUCCACAGCGCUCGCCGACGCAGAAGCCUGUCCCAGCCAAUCUGUUGUUCCUCAGCGCUCGCUACGCCCAUUACCAUGCCAGCCCGGAGCUGCUGGCGCAGCUGCUGCAGUCUGCUACGGAGAAGAUCAACGACGUGGUCGAGCGCCAUCAGUGGGACAUGACGAUCCUGGCGUUCUGGAUGUCCAACGCGACGCUGCUUCUGCAUUACCUUAAAAAGGACACGGGUCUGGUCGAGUCGACAGUGGAGUUCCAACUACACCUGGCGGAGCUUAUCAACGAGAUCUUCAUUCUGAUCAUCCGCGACGCCGAGCGGCGGAUGAACAAGGUCCUCGAUCCAGCCAUGCUGGACCACGAAACCAUCCCGGGUCUGGAAGACAUCCACUUUCAAAACGAGUGGAAGAUCUUCCGCUCCAAGAACAAGACGAAACCUCCGGAGCCGGCCGAGAAACGGUUUCGUCCUCCUUCCCCGCGGCGGCGGGCUCAGCUUUCCCCGCGCAACAUCACCUCCCUGCUCUCGUCGACACUGUUCGUCCUGGACCUCUAUGAUGUUCACUCGGUCAUCACGACCCAGAUCAUGUCGCAACUACUUUUCUGGCUCGGAGCGGAGCUAUUUAACCGCAUUCUGUCCACCAAGCGGUAUCUGGCCCGCACGAAAGCCAUGCAGAUCCGCAUGAAUAUCUCGACCUUGGAAGACUGGGCGCGCGUCAACAGCCGGCAGCCCGAACACUACGAAAACGGAUCCACGAGCAGCACGGGCGAAAGCACCGUAGACGCCGCCCGCCGACACCUGGCCCCUGUCAUUCAGCUACUGCAGUGGCUGCAAUGUUUCUCCUCGCUCGGCGACGACUUUGAGUCGCUCGUCACCACCUUGUCCCAAUUGCAGCGGCUUACGCCGGCCCAGCUACUUCACGCGGUCAAGACCUACCGCCCGGAGGUGGGCGAAAAGGGCCUGACCAAGUCGGCCAUGAAGUUCCUUCUGGACCUGCGGACCGAUCCGGAGCUCCUGUCGCGCGAGCUGCAGAAACUCCACGACGAGACCGCCGCAGCUACCACAGCUGCUACCAAACCCUCUGAGAAGGUUAUCGACCAGCCUACCCCUACCUCGCCAAAAGUCGCCCCCGUGGACGCUGCCGCGACGGCGACGGCCCCUUCGUCACCGAAUAUGGGGAGCUACUACGACGAGGACAGCCAUAUAGACCGCAACACCGUUUUCCUCGACCCGUCGCUGACGCUGCCCUUCUCCCUGCCCACUAGCACCGACAUGCUGAUCACCUACGGGGCCGGCUGGGGAGGCACGAACCGCGAGCGCGCGCGCAAGUACAUCCCAACCGUUCCGGCGGAGGUACUCUCUCGAUUUGAUCGGGAUAUUUACAAGGAAUAG